CCAGAAUCGAUUGCUGUCACUUCUCGCCUCUGUUGAAAACACUUGCUGUCGGCGAGCGAGGCCCAGCGUUACUUGUGCCGGCCCAGGCCCCCCAACCCCCAGCAUCCCACCCUCGCACCCACCCACCUCGUCGCUCCCCGGGGCCAGGCCUCCUCGCGCAGGCUUGGCCCUGAGUGCGCUCCCCCUGUCCUGAAGUCAUGGGGAUCCAGGGCAUGGAGCUGUUUGCUAUCGCCGUGGUCAUCAUCCUUUUCAUGGCAGUUCUCAAGCAGUUUGGUAUCUUCGAGCCCAUGUCCUCAUUUGAAGGUAAGGGCCCCACCUCAGGCCCCUCUUCUGGCUCCAUUUAUUGCAAUGGAAUAAACAUUUAUGAAAGUAAUCAAUACGUCAAUGAAGAAACAUUUUACAUUUUGGAAAGUGAGAACACACCAGCCUCCACAGGAUGAGUUAUAGUUUAACUAUGUUAUCAUUAAACAACAAUUAUUAAAUGUUUAUAUAUCGCUUAUAUAUGCUAAAUAGAGUGGCAAAGUGAAAGGUAUAACCUUCAAGUUUCUAUAAACUUGAGUAAAGUUAUUCUUUAAGGGAAAAUCCGGUAAAAAACAGCAACAUAUCUAAUUUAGUGAUGAACUGAAAGAGAAAGCGUUUCUUCCUGUUCUUCCUCCCACCAACAACAGUUUGUAUAAUCUACAAAUCACCAUUUCUGAAGUUUAUGAUUAUUUUUGCUAACUUUAAAUCAAAUAAUUGCCCACUGCAACCCAAACUGACUGCAAUGGUUUUCUGUGUACAGUAUUCUGUCUUUUGUUUGACUUGAAUUACCACAAAUGUAAAUGGAACUACCCGGCUAUUGCAUCAAUGAAAUAAUAAAUCAACCAUAUUCAUGAUGGAAUAAUCUAACAUUCUGACACGAUCUACUCUAAUGAUGCUUUUUUUUAGGUAUUUGAAAGUAAUGGACCCUCUUUAAAUCUUCCUAAUGGGCUAAUGUUGUUAUUUCUUUGCCUCCUAAGAGAUGCACCAUAACACUUUGAUGGUGUAGACGGUGUACAUUUGGGACAGCAUCAGGGGAAGCUGCUCUCCGAUCGACGCAGUUCCGUUUGAUUACAGUUUUGGGUGCCAGCCAGUCAGAGUGAGCCAGGACAAUUACAGGAUGGCUCCAGUCGGCACAUUAGUGCUUCUCCUACGGCUCUGAAUCAUGAGUAAUAAAGUCAACAAAAAACACCAGUAAUCGUCUUUCAGAAUUCAUCACUCCUCUAAAUCACUCCAAUCAUAAAAAUUCCACCCAAACGUCCCCCACCCCACCCUCCACUGUGGUGGGGCCCGACCCACCGGUUUUGCAUUACUUCAUCAAUUAUGCAAGCGGUAUCGAACCGGCUUUCUCUGAGGCUGCCUAAAUUUGGAGGCUGGAGUACUCCUCCAGGACCCUGAAGGGCACCGGCCGCCCCUCAGCAGCCUCGCAAGUUCCUCAUGAGUCUUCAGCCCGGGUUGCAGCCACUUCAUUGGUCACCUUCACCUCCCCGUGAGACUAACUCAACAGCAGCAGCUCAUCAACAGCAGAAACAGUUAGAAAACCCAAAUAUAUCAUUAUGUUUAUUUUAUUAUGUUUUUAUAGUUAGAUAUUUGCCAAACCUGUAGCUCAAGGCUGAGAGCCAAGACUCAGAGUAGGGUCCCGUCCUCUGUCCAGAGAAAAACCCCAUCAAAAUGUAUUUGUCUCUUAAAAAAACACAUACUUUUCUGUUCGCAAAAGAGAGAACGACUUUCGACACUACAAUGUAGGGAGUGGGAAAAAAAACAUUAAUAUGUGCAGCACCAGUCAAUAGUUUGGACACCUUCUCAUUCAAUAAUGAGAAAUUUCAUCAAUCGUGGUUUAAUUGAUGAAAUUGAAGAUCUCGGCUAUGACUGCAGCAAUAAUUUACACUAAAGUAGUGUUGUAAUGUUACUUUAAACGCCAAAUGAUAUCCAAAAAUAGAAUUAAAGGCAUUAAAAGUACUUCAAACUAUAAAAGGAAACUUUUUAAAGUCCCCCUCCAUUCGACAUACAAAAAAAUGUUUGAGUAGAGUAUUUCUAUUUGCCUGGAGGGGAUCUUUGAUAUUGUGUAUCCAGUUUUUCCACAUUUAGCAUCAACAGAGCAUCAGAUGUCUUUUAGCAAUCAGCAAUCCAAUCAGGUCUGGUAUCUUACUUGUUGCAUUAUUUAUAUCAUCAGCACUCAAGAAAAGAGCCUUUGAUUUUGAAAAUGCAUCGAUUGACGACAAAUGCCGCAGCCUAUUUGAUUGUUGCCUCAGUCCCGUCCUCUCUGCCCGGAUGUCGAUUUUUGGUCCAGUCCAGCUUGGUCCUAUUUUGGGAGGACAUCGGAUGCCGGCGGUAGCCUUGUCUUCCGACGUUAGAUGUAUUCUGUGUUCUCUGAUACCAGCGUGUGAUAUUUGACUCUUGCAGGAUGAAUAACGAGGAGUUUAUUUGUGACUUCUUGGCUCAUUUUUGUGUUUGUCUGAAAUGUGUAUCAUUCAGCUAGUGGUGGGCACAUUUACUCAAGAACUGCAUUUUAGUGCAGUUUUGGAUGAACUUUACUGCAGCAUAUCUAUCUUACACUACUGUUGUAGGCUUGUUGUACUCUGAUCAGUAGUACAAAAUACAAGUCGGUUUAUAAAUUGUGAUGUAAUAUUCUAGGUUAACCCAGCAGUAUACCCAACCCAGAGAUACUUUCACAUCGUCUGCAAAAAAAAGUACACAUUCUCCUUAAAAUCAGCUCUGUAUGAAUUCAUUUAGACCUGAUGAAAUCUCUCUAUCUUGUCUUUUGUAUGAAAGUAUGGAAAACACUUGACGUAUUGAAUAAGAGUGUAAUUCUGUGUCCCCGUUGGACCCCAAAAUACCUCCAUUGUGCAGAGAGAGAGAGAAAUAAUCACUUUUCUAUAUCUGGGAUGAAGUCGCCUGUCCUGGAGUUCUGCGUCUGCGGUCUUCUGUUUUUUUCUUUAGUGGUCUCCACUAGAGGGAGCAUCUAUUACAGGGGUGUGAGUGUGUGACACAUUAUCAGAUCUGUGUUAGUGACCCCAGGGGAGACACGGGGAACAAUUAGAAAGUGGAUCACUGAGCUGACUGGGAAAAUGGGAUCCAGGACACCUGUUGACCUUUUUCUCACCACCUUCGCUGGCUCCUUAAAGGCGAACUGGCUCAUGUGUGUCGCGUUCAGAUAAAGACUGUGACAAUCUUCAGUUGGCUUUGUCCGUUUCAAGAUUUGAUAUUCAGUGCUUUGCCGUCUCUUGUUUCACUCAUUUCGAUGAAAGGGGUAGAAUUGCAGCAGGUUCCUUUGGGGAUUCACAGAAAAUAAGAAGUGAAACGAAGGGAGGGAAGACCUGAGGAAGCUGCACAGCAUCAGUCAUUUAGUCAGUGCUGGAUUCUGGAAGUUGUCCUUUCUGUUCAGAGUUGUGUCACACGCUAGAGGGAUAGUAAUCUCAAACAAACGCUCUGCUUGUGCCAGAACAACCUACAGGUGUAGCGUGAGAGUUUGUGAAGCCUCUCUGUCUCGUUAAGAGUUUCCAUUAACGCUGCAGUUCAGAUCUUAGUUUUUCUCACCUUUUUUUGGAGAUUUUGUCCGGCAAUAAUCUCAUUCUCCUAACCUUAACACAGGAGUUGGACCAUCGGACGCUGCUCUUUCUUGUGGAGAACAUGGACAGAUCCAUUAGAGCAGGAGAGAGCAGGGGCGGGAGAGGAAAACGCCAGUCAAUUAAAAAAGCAGAAGGGGGGAGCUAAAUUAGACGAACUUGUGGCGGAAAAGGAGCGAUGAAUGAGUGACACUGUUUCAGAGACAGCAGAGGAGAAGACCGAGAGAGAGAUUGAGACCCAACGAGACCGAGGAAAUGAAGGGAGAGAGCGCUCUGAUAAAUCCCCACUAUGUAAAAGGGUAAAGGAACGAGAUUGACCGUGGAGGGGACGAAAGAAGAAGAGGGGAAGAUGAGUGCGAGGUGGGAGUCGGAGGGACUACAGACGGUCGGCAUCGUCUGCCUGGUGAUCAUGUUCCUUAAACUGAUGCACCUGCUCGGCCUGAUCGACAUCGCUGAGACCGAGAGCAGCGACAGCGACCUGGAGCUGUCGACGGUGCGUCACCAGCCGGAGGGCCUGGACCAGCUGCAGCUGCAGACCAAGUUCACCAGGAAGGAGCUGCAGUCGCUCUACCGAGGCUUUAAGAACGAGUGUCCCAGUGGGAUGGUUGAUGAGGAGACGUUCAAGACCAUCUAUUCUCAGUUCUUUCCCCAAGGAGAUGCAACCACGUACGCUCACUUCCUGUUCAACGCCUUCGACAUGGACAGAAACGGUUCAAUCCGCUUCGAGGACUUCGUCAUCGGCCUGUCGGUGUUGCUCAGAGGUUCGGUCACGGAGAAGCUCAACUGGGCCUUUAACCUCUACGACAUCAACAAGGACGGCUACAUCACCAAAGAGGAGAUGCUGGCGAUUAUGACGUCAAUCUACGACAUGAUGGGGAGGUACACGUACCCCUGUGUGCGAGAGGAGGCGCCCUCCGAACACGUGGACAAGUUCUUCCAGAAAAUGGAUAAAAACCGAGACGGUGUUGUGACCAUUGAAGAGUUCAUUGAGACUUGUCAGAAGGACGAAAACAUCAUGAACUCCAUGCAGCUGUUUGAAAAUGUGAUAUGAGGAAUCCCCGUCUUCAGCCCUCACACACAAACACACCUCACCCACACCUCCAACUCAUCAUGGCAAAGCACGUAGGCACUGGACACAGGGAGUAGAUGUUUUAUUUUUCUUGUUUGUCUCUGCGCUCCUUUAGCUGCUUCUGGACUAAAAAGAACUGCUACAGACAGAUGAAAGGGAAGAGCUUCCUGGGUAAAAGAAGGCUCCCACUCUGUCCAGUGUGGGGUUUUUUGUGUCCUCAAAUGAAGAAACGGAAAAGCUUCUUGUGGUUGUCAUACAAAAAGAAUCAACGACAACCAACAACAAAGGAAGAAGCUUACGAUAAUCCUCUGUUUUGAGCACAGAAGAGUAUUAGCUUCAACACUAAUACGCCAAUUAUCUUUCACUCACUCACACACACACACACACACACACACACACACUCACACACAGACCAGCUGGAUGAAGUGAGCUAAGAGGAUAAAAGAAAAAAAAGAAAUUAAUUUAAAGCAUGUGACGUGGAAUUAGCUUGCAGUACAGUUUUAUGACAAUGUAUUAUAUGCGCCUGAAGUACAGGCACUGUAGAUACCUGCACCGGAUACACCGCUGGUGUGUAUGUAUAUAUGUAUAGUUGAUAGUUACACCUUGUGUCGGUCUCAUCCGUGCUGCACCGGGUGAUGGUUGGGGAUCAGAAGUCAAUAUUAUGUUUUAGAAGUCUCUGUAACACAGAUCAAUAACAUUACUCUCCCUUCUGUUUUUCUAUUUUGGAUGAUUGUGUUCAACUGGUCGGAAUGAAAAAAUGAGUCCGUACGGUACUGUGUAGAAAUACCAGAGAACUGUUAAAAAAAGUGUGUUCCUGUGCUGAAUUAAAGCUUUGUCUGGGUUCCUCAGUAA